UAGUUCAUACAUACGGCUGGCACGCACGCAACACUACGUCAUUACAACUCUCACUUCCGGACUCCGAGAGAGGGGAGCGUCAUCAUGGGCAAAAGCUGCAAAGUGGUGGUCUGCGGCCAGGCUGCAGUUGGUAAAACGGCCGUGUUGGAGCAGCUACUAUACGCCAAUCAUGUCACAGGUUCAGAUCCGAUGGAGACUCUGGAGGACAUCUACAUCGGCUCCAUCGAGACCGACCGGGGCACCCGUGAGCAGGUGCGCUUCUACGACACCCGGGGGCUCCGCGACGGCAUGGAGUUCCCUCGCCACUACUACAGUUUCGCCGACGGCUUUGUGCUUGUCUACAGCAUCGACAGCAAGGAAUCCUUCAAGCGCAUGGAGGCCCUCAAAAAGGACAUUGACCGGCACAGAGAUAAGAAGGAGGUGACCAUCGUGGUCCUGGGCAACAAGCUGGACAAGCAGGAGGAGCGACGCGUGGACGCCAACAUGGCGCAGAACUGGGCCAAGAACGAGAAGGUACGCCUAUGGGAGCUGUCGGUGGCCGACCGUCGUACGCUCAUCGAGCCCUUCGUGUACCUGGCCAGCAAAAUGACGCAGCCGCAGAGCAAGUCGACCUUCCCGCUCAGCCGCAACAAGAACAAGGGCAGCGGGCCCACGGACGGCUAAAGGACUGAUGGGCUAAAACGGAAUGUACAGAAUCGGGGGGCGGGUAGGGGGUAUCCUUCUUCCUCUUUUAUUUUUUUACACAUACAUUAAACAUUUCAGAUAAUUGUGCUUUCAUGUAAGUACUUGUGGUGGGUGGUAAGUACACGAUGCGCCUUCUCUGCUUGUUACGUUUGACUGCGUUAAUUUAUUCCCAACAGUCUAUGCUCUUCUCAACUCAACUGUAUUUAUAGAUCAUUUUCAAACAGCCAUCACUGCAUACAAAGUGCUGUACAUGGAGCAACUAACAUAUACAACCGUAAAGCAACAAAGACGGUAGAAAGCACUGAACAGCAAAACCAAGAACAAAUCCGAGUCAUGCUGAGUCAAAUGCCAAAGAAUACAAGUGAGUUUUGAGGCGGGUUUUAAAGAUGGGCAGUGAGGAGGCUUGUCGAAUGUUCAGUGUCUUCAUUUAUUAGCAUAUCUCUUGGCCACACUGCUUUACAUACAUGGUUAUGGAUAUUUAUUUUCCGUCCAAUCAAAUGUCAGCCUCGUGUUGCCAUGUCAAUCUAAUCUGCCUUGGGUGUCAAGAGUCAGUUGUGCGAUUUGGGGACAAAAUCUGAAUUAAAGGCAAACUACAAGUAACGCUCGAGUGAAAUAGGAAGAAAAAAUAAGCUGCCUGUGUGCAUUUGGACAUUUUUUUGGAACGGGACAAACAGUCAAGCAUACAAGUGUAAAAUGAAAACUCCGGUGCAAGGCUACACCCACUUAAUACUUGCUCCUGCCAACACUUCGACCAUUAACACACUGAAAUACAGUACAUUUAUUAUUCAGCAUUUCUGAAAAGUAUAUUUUGUUUUUGUCUGUGCUAUUUAACAAAAAUUGACCAUGAACUGUUCCAGAAGGUGAAUGUGACACAGUUACACGCUGGCUGUUGUAGUUCAUAUUUGUGUAAUCUAGAUGAUUUCUUUACUGUAAUUUGGAUUCAAUAAUGAUGAUGUUAUCACAAAUAGUUUUUCUAAUUGCGAUGUUUAUGUUAGGGUUCAGACUGUCAGUAAUGUCACUUUGAUGGCCAUCCUACAUUUCAGAGCCAUCUUAGCACACAUGCUGUUGAUUGAAUUGAAUACAACUUUGUCAUAUGCGCUGUACGUAUGAGUAACAUACAUACAUUGAUGGUCGGGCAAAUGCAUCACCUGUCAUCGGAGAGAUUUGUUACACUACUUUUCUUCAAAAUUGAGUACAUCAUUAUCCCUUUAGAUUGCAUGUAUUUGCAUUUUCAAUAAACAAAUG